CUUUAUGUAACAGGAAGUCAUAUAAGACACUUCUAUUACGAAAACAAACGCGUUCCACACACCGUAGUUAUAAAACGCGUGACUUUCAGUUUUGACCACCUUCACACCAGUCAUGCUGAAAACCGUGGGGCAAGCUCUGUUCUCAACAGGACUGCAGAAUCCUAAAUACACAGCAGAGGAGAAAAAGGGACAAGACUAUGAGAUUCGCACCUACCAUGCCACUAACUGGGUUAGCGUCUCUCUGAGUGGAAUGCAGUGGGAUGCAGCCAUGAACACUGGCUUCCGCAAACUCUUCAACUACAUUCAAGGCAAAAACAACAAGAAGGUGAAAGUGGAGAUGACGGCUCCUGUGACGUGCCGCGUGGACCCUGGAGCCGGCCCCGCGUGUGAAUCUCAGUUCACUGUGUCCUUCUUCAUCCCAGAGGAGCAUCAGGACAGUCCCCCGGAGCCCAGCGACCCCGAGGUGAUUGUGGAGCACAGGAAAGAGUUUACAGCUUAUGUCAGGACAUUCGGUGGUUUUUCCAAUGAAAAUAUGAACCGUGAAGAGCUUCUGAAACUUAUGGAGAGCCUGCAGAGGGACGGCGUCCAAUACGUUGACAAGCCGUUCUACUCAGCCGGGUAUGACAGUCCCUUCAAACUCAUCAACCGCAGGAACGAGGUCUGGGUCCUCAAGAAGGAGCAGGAGUAGGAGUUUAAAGGGCGCGCAACACUCUAACCACUACAACUGUCUAAAAAAAAUGAUGAUUGUUUGAUAACACUCACAACUCCUAUCAAUGUCCAAAGGGAGAAAAAAAUAAUUGCUAUUAUAGGUAGGUAUAGAUAUGUAAUGAAAUUAAAUGGAAGUUUACAUACAUUAAUCUAUGUAUAAUUGUGUUUUACUUUAUUUCCUUUGACUAAAAGUUACUGAAUUACAGACUACAAAUGAUUACAUGAACUGAAUCAUGAGGUCAUCAUAAAAUAAAAAAAAUAAAAACUGGAUACAGUGGGACAAUACUUCCAGCAGGUGGAGCAAAGUAGUCAGGACACAUUUCUCCUAUUUGGGUCAGCUUGUCAUGACAAACACCACAAGUGCCUUUUUUAAUGAAUGCCUUGUUUAGAAUACACCAACUGGCUUACUGUUAUUCAUUCAGAUAUUCUUAAAGGUCGAAAAAUUCUUACAAUAUCAACAGUGUGGCAACUCUUAAUGUGUUUUCCCCUAAACAUUAACAUAAAAGGACUGUGUGCAGGAUGAAAAAAUGAAGGAAAGAUUCUAAUGUUUUUACUUCUUAUAGCAAUAAUUGUUUAUUGUGAGUGUGGAGAAGAACAAAUAUUGUAAAGAUAUAUAGAUAUUGUUUGAUGAUGGGGGGGGGACACACAAUCUACAGCCCUCUAUUGGUGGACAGAUGCUCUCGAAAUUGAGCCAAAACUAGUAUGAGGCGUAACAGUCAGUUACUGUAGUUACGUAUCUUCCAAAUUACAGUAUUUUUGUACAAAAUAGUGUUUCUGCAGCUCAGCAAGGAAACACAAAAAGGGGCUUUUCAAUUUAAAGGAAUGUAAUUUGGAAGAUACACACUGACUUAAAUUUAAAAAAAACAAACUUUCAAUCUAUAUUUCGAUUUAAUACUGGGUUGUUGUUUUUUUCAUUCCUCUGAAUGAAAAAAAAUGGGAUAAUGACAAAAAGGGAUUUGCAACACUUCACUUACUUCACUUUGCUUUUCUCGUUUUCUUUUUAUUUAGACAACCAGCAUUGAAAAAGCUGCUCCGUUUUGGUUUCAAGCUAAAAAAAAACUAGUGUGGUAUUUCCAUUUAUUCUUUCACUGGGCCAAAAAGAAGAAAAAAAAACUAUAAAAAACACACUAACCAUUUCGUUAAUCAUCACCUAAGGAAUAGAUCUUUUAGCAGCCAGUUUGGAGCAGGAAUGAUUUACAGGGACCAACAACACUUUCAGUCAUGCUAGUGUUGUGUGAAGAUAAACUUG